AUGAAACCACUGUGUGUCAUCUUGGGCCUUUUGGCCCUUGAAGCCUGUUUCUUGCCCGGUGAGAGUCAUAGAGGGCCCCGAGGACCAUAUCCACCAUAUCCGCAGAUGCCGCCUCCUUAUCCUCCACAACCUUUCGACCCAAGAUUUGGUCCACCACCUCCUCCCCCUCCUCCCCCUUUUGGCCCCGGGAGAAUUCCACCACCUCCCCCUUUUGGCCCAAUGGGAAUUCCACCACCUCCUCCUCCUCCCCCUUUUGGCCCAGGGAGAAUGCCACCUCCUCCUCCUCCCCCUUUUGGCCCAGGGGGCAUUCCUCCACCUCCACCUUAUGACCCACGGUAUCCAUAUCCACCUUUCCAACCAAAUCCAUAUGUACCCGGACCUGCAGUGAACCCUGGAUACCCUCCAGUAUAUCCUUCCUACGUUACCCCUGCAUCUGA